GAAACCCUAAUUCUCAAACCUCUAUUCAUCUCUCCAGAGCUUUGCUUGUUUAUACUGUAUAGCUAUUGAAGCGGUUGUUUCGUUUAUAUUAUCUCUAUAGGAAUCCAUAAGUUCCAUGGCAGCGAAGGAAUCGAAGGCCGAUGCUUCGAAGGAGAAGACUGCCGGAAAAGCAGGAGAAGAUUCUACGCUUAAGGAGGUGGCGGCGGUGGUGAAAUUGGAGAGACCGCAGCUGGAGUCCGAUCAACAGGUCGAUGGUGCCGCUUUGUCCCAUCAACCGGGGAAUGAAACCCUAGCCGGGAGAAAACUAGCCGUGUCGCCUGUCAUCGCUGUCCCUACUACAUCGGUUGGAGAUUGCCGCUCGUUCUUGCAGCUGUUGGCUGGAGCCAUGGCAUCGCCUGCGGCUAGUCCUCGCCCACCAACAAUUCUUGCGCCGAUUGAUGCUCCCCGGAUUCCGGUGGUCGCCGUGCCGUGUUAUUUAGCACCGGCUACGCUGCUGGAGUCACACGGCAUCACG